CUUUGUUCGCUGCUGGCUCUGCUUUGACUCCAUCUGCAAAUGGAAAGGUUUAAAAUCUUCCUUUUGACAGUGGCAGUGAGUGUACAAGUAACAUCUCAAGACAGCACUGGUGAACCUCCCAUUCAGAUUUCCAAGCCAGAGAUAACUCUGAAUCCAUCUCAUGCGGUGCUGUACAGCACGGAGACAGUCACUCUGAACUGUGAGGUCCCUGAGGAACCACCAGGGUUACAAUAUGACUGGUACAAGGACUCAGCUGAUCUUAGUGAACAUCAGCUCAGCAUCACUGCGAGAGGCAGUGGAAAAUAUGAAUGCAAAGCAAAAAAAGGAGCUUCUGAGUCAGAAAAAAGUACUAGUUAUGCUUUAACUCUAAAAGAACCGCCUGAACCAGAAAUCCGGUCUAAUUGGACAGAAGCGUUUCUUGGGGAAAAAGUGUCUUUGCAGUGUGUGAUUCAAGGUGUUUCAGAAAACUGGAAUUAUAUGUGGUUCAGUGACUCAAGCAAAAUCAUCUCCAGUGGUGAAACAAACAUAAAAGGAAACACUCUCACACUCUCAGUGAAGUCCAGUCAUGACGGGGCCUAUAUGUGUCAAGCUGAGCUGCAGGGCAGAAAGGUGACGACUGCAAAAAGCAAACCACAUUUGUUAACAGUUAAAGAAUUGCCUCAGCCGAAAUUGUCAGUAGAGUCUCAAUGGAAUAUGUUUUACCCAACUGAGAGAGUGACUCUGAAGUGUUCAGUUGAUGAAGAGUCAAAUGACUGGGGCUAUGAAUGGUUUAAAAACAGAGGUUUGCUUAAAGAGGAUGAGGACAUUUCCUUUCCUGGAAACACACUCUCCAUCAGCUCAGCAAAAGCAGGUCAUUCAGGAAAGUACACAUGCAGAGGAAAACAUCUGACGAGAACAUCGGUGACUACAAGAGAAGCUGAAGCUGUGCAACUUCAUAUUCAGGAACCGCCUGAACCACAAAUCCGGUCUAAUUGGACAGAAGCGUUUCUUGGUGAAAAAGUGUCUUUGCAGUGUGUGAUUCAAGGUGUUUCAGAAAACUGGAAUUAUAUGUGGUUCAGUGACUCAAGCAAAAUCAUCUCCAGUGGUGAAACAAACAUAAAAGGAAACACUCUCACACUCUCAGUAAAGUCCAGUCAUGACGGGGCCUAUAUGUGUCAAGCUGAGCUGCAGGGCAGAAAGGUGACGACUGCAAAAAGCACAUCACAUUUGUUAACAGUCCAUGAAUUGCCUCAGCCGAAAUUGUCAGUAGAGUCUCAAUGGAAUAUGUUUUACCCAACUGAGAGAGUGACUCUGAAGUGUUCAGUUGAUGAAGAGUCAAAUGACUGGGGCUAUGAAUGGUUUAAAAACAGAGGUUUGCUUAAAGAGGAUGAGGACAUUUCCUUUCCUGGAAACACACUCUCCAUCAGCUCAGCAAAAGCAGGUCAUUCAGGAAAGUACACCUGCAGAGGAAAACAUCUGACGAGAACAUCGGUGACUACAAGAGAAGCUGAAGCUGUGCAACUUCAUAUUCAGAAACCGCCUGAACCAGAAAUCCGGUCUAAUUGGACAGAAGCGUUUCUUGGUGAAAAAGUGUCUUUGCAGUGUGUGAUUCAAGGUGUUUCAGAAAACUGGAAUUAUAUGUGGUUCAGUGACUCAAGCAAAAUCGUCUCCAGUGGUGAAACAAACAUAAAAGGAAACACUCUCACACUCUCAGUAGAGUCCAGUCAUGACGGGGCCUAUAUGUGUCAAGCUGAGCUGCAGGGCAGAAAGGUGACGACUGCAAAAAGCACAUCACAUUUGUUAACAGUCCAUGAACUGCCUGAGCCGAAAUUGUCAAUAGAGUCUCAAUGGAAUAUGUUUUACCCAACUGAGAGAGUGACUCUGAAGUGUUCAGUUGAUGAAGAGUCAAAUGAUUGGGGCCAUGAAUGGUUUAAAAACAGAGGUUUGCUUAAAGAGGAUGAGGACAUUUCCUUUCCUGGAAACACACUCUCCAUCAGCUCAGCAAAAGCGGGUCAUUCAGGAGAGUACACCUGCAGAGGAAAACAUCUGAUGAGAACAUCGGUGACUACAAGAGAAACUGAAGCUGUGCAACUUCGUAUUAAAGGCAUCACACCAAAACCAACCAUUACAAAACAUGAAUGGUUUGAGUUGUUCUACACUGAAGAGAAAGUCCAGCUUGAUUGUAACAUGCCAGGAAUAGGUUGGGAAUACCACUGGCAUAAAGACUCAAAUCCUCUGAUCACAAAUCCAACUCACACUAUUGACGCAGUAUCUCUGACUGACAGUGGUAACUAUCACUGCAAAGCACAGAGAGGAGACUUCUCAGUGGACAGUGAGACUUUACAAGUGCGAGUUCAAGCUCAUCCACCUGCAUUUCUGAGUCUGGAGACUGAACUGAGCGACAUCAUGACAGGGGAUAUGACUCUCCGGUGUAACGUCUCAGACGGCAGACAGUGGAACUACACCUGGUACAUGAACGGACAGCAGCUCAAUGGAUCCUCGGAUGUACUCAAAGUGACAGGAAAUGAAGAAACAAUCAAAAGUGAAUUCAAGUGCAAGGGCAUAAACACAGAGAGACCGCUGUACUCCGCUCUGAGUGACGGCUUCAUAGCCAAUAAUAUUUUAUUUAAAAGAAAAAUACUGCUGGCCAUCUCAGGAUGUCUCGUCUGUUGUAUUGUAAUCCUGAAGGCUCAUCCACCUGCAUUUCUGAGUCUGGAGACUGAACUGAGCGACAUCAUGACAGGGGAUAUGACUCUCCGGUGUAACGUCUCAGACGGCAGACAGUGGAACUACACCUGGUACAUGAACGGACAGCAGCUCAAUGGAUCCUCGGAUGUACUCAAAGUGACAGGAAAUGAAGAAACAAUCAAAAGUGAAUUCAAGUGCAAGGGCAUAAACACAGAGAGACCGCUGUACUCCGCUCUGAGUGACGGCUUCAUAGCCAAUAAUAUUUUAUUUAAAAGAAAAAUACUGCUGGCCAUCUCAGGAUGUCUCGUCUGUUGUAUUGUAAUCCUGAUCGUUGGAUGCAUCGUUCUAAAAAUCACCCGUAAACCAGAGGUAAAAGAAACCGCACCAGAGGAUUUAUUUUUCUCAAUGACAGACUCCAAGAACCAAACUAUUUCACCCAUGAAGGAGUACAUGGACAACAUACCAACAGAGCUGGAGGAAUGUCAGGAAAAAGCAGAACUGAUCUCUGACUGUGCUUCAUCUUUUGAUCUUUCUUGUUUUUGUUUCCGUUGUUUUCCCUUAUGGAUCCCUUCACCCGUCCGGAAUUCCUCCUCCUCCUGCUGGAGUAGGGGGACAGAUCUCUUGAGGACCAUACGAGACUGUUCCGGCUGGUUGCUAGCACCACCAGCUACCCGGACGACGGCACUCUGCUCAUUCUAUGACGCGAGCUGGAACACCGCGAGCAGAGCGCCGUCGUCCGAAGAUGGUCCUAGAGAGGAUUUCACUGCCUUCGUGGAGUGGACUCUGGUGAGAAACGGAUCGCCAUCCACCACCUGCCCCGUGGAUCUCACCAGAUCCACUCCAGACCCAGUGCCCAGCCCACCAUCUCCCCGCAGUGCGGGGCAUCAGCCCGAGCCCACCAAUGACGGAGAGCCCAUCACCACCACAAUCAACGAGCCAGUGCAAUGCCGAGCUGAGGACAAGCCCAGUGAGAGGGCCUGGUUUAUAGUGGCCAAGAACGUCCUGCCCGUGCCAGAGCCGCCCCUCCCUGCUCCCGCUACAAGCUGUUUGCAGGAUGCAGGAUCUGGAGGUAUUCCCUCAGCACUCACACCAGCUCCAGAGCUGAAACACUACACCACACUGAAGAGGGCAGACACAGACAAGAGUGCUGCAAAAUUGGGAGGGGGAUCCGGAUAUGGGAAGGUGGGAUAUGCAGCACUGGAUGCUGGAAAGGCUGUCCAGGGCACUAGAUGCUUAUGA